GUGCGCAGCCGCAUACGUCGACCGACCGACGGCAGAUCCAGAUUGUCGUUUCCCUGCGGCAUCCUGGCGCUCGUCACUUGCGAGAGACCUUCGACGAUUCUGUGAGUAUAGGAUUUAUCGUAUAGCCCUGUCGCCGGACGUUAAGGGCAUCGUUAAACUACAGUUGCCGUUCGAGAGCGAUCGUGUCCAGGCAACCCAGUCGCCGUCACUGUGCUUGGCUCAGCCAGCCUCUGACCUCGCCACCCCCUCCGGAGACGCCAGACGUCUAGAGUGUGCUUCGUCAUCCACCGCGCGACCAGACACUGCAGGCGCGCAGCUUGCACCGUUGAGACGUCGUUGAAGCUAUGACUUCGCGAAGCGACCGAUGUUCUUCAGACUUCCGUCGUGACACCGGCGGCAACUCCGUGUCCACGCUGUGUUUCAAGUCAGCUGCUUCGGGAAACAUGCGACGCUUUGACGGAUUCCACGAGCAGAGAAGAGUUCCGUACGACAGCCGAUAUUGUGAACCGUAUCAACCGUACGCCUGCCCUCCGUACGACAAGUAUCUGCGGCCUUAUUCUCCUAGCAACGCGAACCGUUCUCACUGGAAGGACUCCGGAGGUACAUGGUGCAUUGCGGACAGCGCACCUGCCAAUGUCAAUUCAGGACUUUUGCCUACGCCGUUGCGGUAUACGGAUUUGUUUCCGCACAACCUAGACUCGGAGCCGUUUGACACCUCUGGUGAGACGGAAAGGCUUAUGAAGAUUCAUUUCUUGGCUGAAGAGAUAGUGGCCCGUGAAGCGGCCGUAGUCUCCAACCGUGACGCCGUCUCGACGGUAGUCGGCUGCGGAUCCUACUCAACUACGGAGCCGACGAAUCCUGCAAAACCUUCGGCGCCGUUCCCGUCGGUGGCGUCGCUGAGCUUGAAGAACCUGGCAGAGUCGUCGCUCAUGCCCCUAGCCGAAGCAGCUGACAAUUCAAUUCGCGUCACCGUCCAGAAGGCGGCCUCGUCGUCCGCGGCGGCGACGUCAGCGGAGACUUCGAAGCAGCUGCCGACUGAACCCGCCGAGACGUCGCUUCCUACGCCUGACGGACCGUCAACCGUCGCGGAGAACUCGAACGGUUCGCCAGGGGGACGUUGCUCGAGUGCUGCGGCCUAUUCGUCGCAGACCGGCGGUCGCCGAAAGAAGGCGAUUCCGCGAAAGAGUCCCAGUGUCGACGACCCCAGCUUCAAGGGCGCCGUGGUUCACAUGCGACUCCAGAUGGUCAACGGAAUGGCAAAGCUCAAGAUGGAGCAUUACUACAACAACAUGCAGCGGCGAGGCGUGCUAAGACCGGACUACGCCGAGAUCAGCGAAUCGGAGGACGACUUUGAGUACGCCAGAAAGGAGGACGUCGAACAGCAAGACAAACAGUGCGCCUCUUGCGCUACCAAGUUAACACCGCUAUGGAGGGACGCCGAGGACGGCACACCGUUGUGCAAUGCGUGCGGCAUCAGGUACAAGAAGUACAAAGUGCGCUGUACCCGCUGCUGGCACAUUCCUAGGAAGAACGACAACACCCGGAGCGACUGCAAAGAGUGUGGGGGCACGCUGCGCUUCGUCGUGCGAAAGUCGUGCGGCUGAAAGAAGCCGCUUUUUUACAUCUCGUGCCAGUACGAGUUUGAUUUCUUUUCUCGCUUUGCGAAGCGCGCUUGCAAGCUAUUUCUGUAUAGGCGCCUUGUAACACUGCCAUACACACACUUCACACCUUUUGUGUUCCCUGGAUGUCGAAGAAAGACCUAAGCUUCCUCAUAAGAUUUCAAUAAACGUUCCAUUUACUGCUUAUUCCUCCGAUGCAGACAUCUGUUGUUGUUACCUACCCUCGCAAUAGCGCGUCAUUCAAUAGCUACUCAAUCGGGGGUAGGUAUGAACUGUUUUCGGGGGCCGACCUAUAUUCCAGUUUAUACGGUGUAAUGUAAUGUGUCAGACCGCUGUGCAUUGUAUGUUUUCUCCAGAGCUUAUUCGGCAUGCAACCAUGCACCAGGCGUACUAAUAAAACAGUGUAUGUUCGUUGAAUUGAAUCUCAAACAGAUAUGCAGAAAUUCGCGGCGCUUGUUGUCUCGAUUUUAUUUGUCUGUUACCGAUUUAAUACC